AUGAGGCUGCUUCCGCCAGUUACUAAACUCCACGAUGACGCUGAACGGCUUCCCGGAAUCAGAAGCCGGCUUGGGUUCAGCCUCGGCGGCGACAACCGACCCCUAACCCUAACCGCCACCAUCCCCGUCCUUUCCUUCACCGGCGACAAGGUCGGCGAGACCUUCCUCGACCUGUUCCCGCUGUGGUUCUUGGCGGGAGAACCUAGCUUCAAAAUAGGUGCUGCUGGGCCUUCAGGCAAUGGGCUGCGUGUGGGCUAUGGGUCUUUGCGCUAUGAGAGUAUUAGGUAUGGGCCCAUCCCUAAUGGGCGUAGUGAGAAGUUCUGUGGUGCUCCAAUUACUAAGCUAGCCUUAAAUAAUAUUGUGGUCCAUAGGGGACAUGGUGUUCAGAUGUUGGCUUUACUGCUCGGUGGUUUUGCUCUUAAUCUUAAGCUCCUAGUUCAUGCCCAGGAUCAAUCAGGGUUCAUUAGCAUAGAUUGUGGACUCCCGGCAGAAAAUUCAAGCUAUAUUGAAAGGACAACCGGCAUUAACUAUACAUCAGAUGCCAACUUCACUGACACUGGUGAAAUUAAGAUGGUAUUUCCUGAAUACAGAGAUAAGAAGCAGCAGCCAUACGAGUCUCUUAGGAUGUUUCCCGAAGGGAUAAGGAACUGCUACAAAAUAAAUGUUACAAGUCGCAGCAAGUAUUUGAUCCGAGCAUGUUUCUGUUACGGGAACUAUGAUGGUCAAGAUAAAUCACCAGAAUUUGAACUUCAUUUUGGUGCUAAUUUGUGGGAUUCAGUGACUUUUGAUGAUGCAUCCACAGACAUAAACAAGGAGCUUAUACAUUUUGUACCUGAUGGAGUCUCAAAUGUACAUGUUUGCCUGGUGAACACAGGCUUUGGGGUUCCAUUUAUAUCAGGGAUAGAGCUGAGGCCUUUAUCUAAUGAAUCGUAUGAAGCACAAGUGGGAUCCUUGGCACUUGAAUGGCGGUAUGACACAGGUCUAAUGGCUAAUAAGAGGGGAUACAGGUAUCCAGAGGAUGUUCAUGACCGCUUCUGGUAUAUCUACGAAAGCCUCGACAAUUGGGAACAAUUAAAUACUUCAUCCACCAUCGACCCUGACAAUCAGAACAGCUUUGAAUUACCAUCUGUUGUUAUGAGUACUGCCAUCAAGCCAAAAAAUGUAAAUGAGUCCUUGAAUUUUUCUUGGCAGCCUACUGAUCAAAAUGCAGAAUAUUAUAUUUUCAUGCAUUUCGCAGAAGUUGAAAAGCUCCAACCAAACCAGACUAGAUUUCAAUACAUUACCAAAAAUGGAAAGAUCUAUAAUGACCUAUUUGCUUUGGAGUACAUGUACCCAGCUACUAGUUACAGUAGUAAAGCAAUGAGUGGAGGACAAGACAUUUCAAUCUUCAAGGCUGAGAAUUCCACCCUUCCACCCAUCCUCAAUGCUUUUGAGAUUUAUAAGGUGAAAAAAUUCGUAGAACUAGAUACAAGUCGAGGAGAUGUUGUUGCAAUCACACAACUCAAGUCAUCUUAUAAAAUCAGAAGAAACUGGCAAGGAGAUCCGUGUGCCCCUCAAGUUUACUCAUGGCAAGGUCUAAACUGUAGCUAUCUGAAAAGUGAUCAGGCCCUAAGAAUCAUAUCCUUGAACUUGUCCUCAAGUGGACUAACAGGGGAGAUUGAUCUUUCUAUGUCCAAUCUCACAAUGCUACAGACUUUGGAUUUAUCGAACAACAACUUAACCGGACCUGUUCCAGAAUUUUUGUCUCCAUUGUCAAAUAUAAAAGUCCUAAACUUGGAGAACAACAAUCUGAAAGGCUUAGUUCCAGUUGGACUGAUUGAAAGAAUGAAUGAUGGUUCACUAACAUUAAGUUUGUGCCAAAAUCCAAAUGUAUCUGGACUUGUUUCUUGCACGAAGAUGGAAAAGAAGAAGAAGCAGAAGUUCUUAAUUCCGGUAGUUCUGUCAAUUGCUGGAGUGUCAAUCUUCUUAUUAACUGUAUCAGCUAUCUUGUUGGGUUUGAAAAGGAAAAGGAAACAUGACGCAAAAUUCAAAACUCAAUUAGGAUCAUUGGGGUCAACUAAACGACACUUUACGCACUCUGAGAUCCUGAAGUUCACCAACAACUUGGAAAAGACUCUUGGGAAAGGUGGAUUUGGAACAGUUUAUCAUGGCUAUAUAGACACAACUCAAGUAGCCAUUAAGAUGCUUUCGCCAUCAUCAGUUCAGGGGUUUCAAGAAUUUCAUGCAGAGGUUAAUCUUCUGAUGAGAGUUCAUCAUACAAACUUGACCAGCCUUGUUGGAUAUUGCAAUGAGGAAACCAAUAUAGGGCUCGUGUACGAGUAUAUGGCCAAUGGAAACUUACAAGAACAUCUGUCAGAUGACAGUUCCACUACUUUGGGUUGGGAAGAUAGACUUCGAAUAGCAGUAGACGCUGCACAAGGAUUGGAGUAUCUGCAUUAUGGUUGUAAGCCACCUAUAAUUCACAGGGAUGUGAAAUCAGCAAACAUCUUGCUGACCGAAAACUUCCAAGCCAAAGUAUCUGAUUUUGGCCUAUCCAGAAAUUUCCCUACAGACCUUGUGACUCAUAUAACAACUGGCGUUGCUGGUACUCCCGGGUACCUUGACCCUGAGUACUACCUAACAAGCAGGUUAAAUGAGAAAAGUGAUGUUUAUAGCUUUGGGAUUGUGCUGUUGGAGAUUAUCACAAGCCGACCUGUUAUAUCAGGAACUGUUGAGAGAAUUCACAUUAGUCAAUGGGUUGCUUCCAUGCUUGCGCAAGGAGACAUUUACAGUAUUGUUAAUCCAAGAUUAGAGAGAAAUUUCAAUGCUAACUGUGUGUGGAAAGUUUUGGAGAUAGCAAUGGCAGGUAUAUCUCCAGACCCCGUCAAAAGGCCAAUGAUGAGUCAGGUAGUGAUGGAACUGAAGGAGUGUUUGGCAACAGAACUGGCUCGAACAAAGCAGAGAGGAAAUGAAACUGGUUUAGGAUAUUCCACGUACUGUGAUGAUCUCUCAGAAUGAGUCGAUC